AAACAAAAGGCCUAGAGAAGCCCAAGAACGACAGUGCAAGGAUUGUCGCAAUGCACGAGUGCUAAAAGUGACGCAUUUAUACCAAUCAACUGCGCAGACGAGAGAUCAUCCUGAAGAACAAGUCGUGGUGUGCAUGAAUUUACAGCCAUGACAUUACUGGAAAACCCAAAUUUCACAGGACGAAUUACGAAAGUCAUGAUACCAAGCGGGACCUUACAAAUGCUCCGUCGAGGCGCUAUUGCGAAAGAAUUAGUGAAGGAACAAGGAAACCCUAGCAUUACUCGCAGCCAAGAUCCAUGUUAGCAUUGUGAUGUUAUGAAAGAGCCUUUAGAUACUCUUCAGCAACUUGGAAGAAGUUAAGGACGGUCUUUAAACGUCCAGGAAGGAGUCUCGGAGGCUGUUAACACAGAGCUAAAGGGAGCUUAUGCUAGUGAAGACACAAAUAUAAGUUCUUUUAUCCUUUUUAAUCUGCUUUUACUCCAUUCUUUAGCUUAGGAUGCAAUUGUGUAAUUCUAGCUUGAUGUUUUCUUUUCACAUGUGUUUCUAGAACCCUGACCGGCGCAGGAUAAGUUGCCUUGUUAGGGGGGUAGGUUAACUUCUGCUACUUUGAACAAUUAAAGAUUGCUACUUCAAUUCUUUUGAUCCAGUUAACUUUCCAUGUCACAUGAUUGUUGGAUGAAUCUAGAAUGACAAGACGGUGAACAUGUUAACGGAAGUUCUAGUCAACAAAAUUAAUCACGACAACCGGUCUAUGUGCAUUGACUUCAAUUGAACCAAAGGUGACAAGCGUUGGAGUAAAUGUUGAAGGUGAGAUUUUUCUCCAAAAAAAAAAAUAUUGAAGAUGAGAUCUAGGUGACACUAGAUUGACCUUUUAAAACCAUUUUUUGCGAAUUGAAAGCAAUUUGAAUAUAAACUUCUAUCCGUUGAUUUUUUCCAAACAUAUUUUUCUCUCCAUUUUAGUUUAUUUGUUUGCAUCCAUUGCAACCACGCUUACUUCUUACACGUGGGGAGGUUUGUGAUACAUCUACCUUCCUUAUGGGUAAGACCUUGGAGUAUUCCUAUUCUGGGUUUGAAUUUUAAAACCGUGAUUUAAUAGUGUACUACUAGACCUUGUCUUCUUGCAAAAGAGCCUUAUUCCAAUGUGAUCAGAUAACUAGGGUGAGGUUCCACUGGCCCUACAUUCUGAGGACACUCCUGCAACAAGAAUGAUGUGAAAACCCAUUAGAUAUAGUAUAGAAAUUAUAUGUUCACCAAAGAGAUAAAAGGUUAACCAGUAUUACAUUAUCAUUUAAGCUUACAACUUAUGAGGAAGAUUGUAUUGCCUUAAACAAGGAACUUUCAACAUCUUAGUAUAUCCUUUUGACACAUGUCAAUAUAACUAUCUUUGUUCCUUAGGCUCUAGAUCAGUCUCAGGAACAAGUACUCUUAACUUCUUAUGCAAUUAAGUAUUAAUCUUAGGAAAUCAAAAGCCAGUGAAUAAAGACAAUCCUAUAAUUCUGUUGAAUGUAUAUCUUACAUGAGUUGAGUCUUGAGGGCUUCCUAGAGUUAGGGUAGCUUUCAAGACUUAGAGCGAUUACAAAAAUACUUACAGAUAAUUAUGUCACAUCCUUGCUAAUUCAUUGAAUUUACUUUAUAUAGAUUUAUACAUAAUCAAGCUUCGAUUUCAAGGAAGAGAAGAAAAAUGUAGUAAUAGUUUAUACAAUCACUAUUUCAGACUUUGCAUAAAGAGAAGAGGAUGACCAUCGUCACUAUCUAUUAUAGCUUUAAGAUGAACACAAACGAGACUAUCUGUUUACAAGAUAGAUGCCAUUUGGUUGACAUCAGAAGAGGAUCAAGGCAAACACAAGAGAAUUGGAUGGAUUUAGCGAUUCAAUUUAGAAAUCUUCAAUGGCGAAACACUAUGUUUAGGGUGUUUAAAUGGAAGGCAAGAUUUUCAAGGAAUUGAAUUCACAUCAUGUUUGUCAAGAAAAGUACUAAUCUAAUGCAUCACAUCAUUGGCUUCAAAACGGUGUGCUUUGAUGUUAUAUCUUGUGUGGCCUGAUAAGGCUUAUGGAUCAAGCAAAUGGCUAGGAUUAAACGGAAAAUUGACGUUUUCGUAUCUUUGAUCACGUGAUGCAUCCCAUCUACAUGCCAGUUAGGCUUGAUUAUGUAACUGCUAUGCAAGGACAUUUUCAUUACUCCAAGAAGGGGCUGAAGGAACAGCACGGAACUCCUAUUCGUAACCUCAAAUCUACUUCAGAUUUGUGAUUCUUAGCAACCAAUUUCACAGAUCUCCCUAUGUCUAAGAGGUAUUGCAAGUUCUUUGCUCGUGGAGCAUGUAUCAAAGGGAACCAAUGUGAAUAUUCUCAUGACAGAAAGAAUCCUUCAAUUAAUAUUUGUAGGUUCCAUCAGAAAGGAAUAUGUGCUUUUGGUGGUCAAUGCAAAUAUAAACAUAUCCAAACUUCUCAAGCACAGUCUUCAGAACAUGGAAGCCAGCUCCUAAAUUUUGAUAGACAUGGAAAGAGUAUAAAACUUACGCAUCAAGAUUACCAAAGGAAUUGUGAUGCCAGUGAACCCAGUACUGCUUUACCAUCAAGAAAAAAGUGUUCUUGUGUUCCUGGAGAACGAUGUGUUUACUGUAAAAAGUUCUGCUUGUAUCACUCUGAACCAAAUGAAAAAGAGGAGCAUCUGCAAACUUGUGAGAAAAAGGAAAAUUAUCUUGAGACUUUGAAUAAAAGUCAAGAAAUAGAAUGCAGAAUUUGCUAUGAACGUGUUCUUUCAAAGCCUGAAGGAGAUGAAUGUAAGUUUGGUAUUCUUUCUGAGUGCGAUCAUCCUUUCUGUUUAUCAUGCAUCAGGAAUUGGCGUAAUAGUGCUCCAACCUCAGCAAUAAAGAGAAAUGUGAAGACCUGCCCCAUGUGCCGGAAGUUAUCAUAUUAUGUGAUUCCAAGUAGUAUUUGGUAUUUUACAAUGGAAGAGAAACAGGACAUUAUUGACAACUACAAGACAAGCUGCAAGUUGAUUAAUUGCAAGCUUUUUGACUUCGGAAAUGGAUAUUGUCCCUUUAGGAAUACUUGUUUCUACAGGCAUACUGUGAAGCCUGGUUCAUAUACAUGGAUACACCACAAACCACCGCCACCUCCACUCAGAUCAACUUUUAUGAAUUUGCUUUAUCAAUCUGAUUUGGGAUCAUUCAUUCCUCCAAAUUUGGAGCUUUUCAAUGAUAUGGAUUCAUCAGAGAUGACGCUCAAUCAAUUUGCUCUAUCAGAGAUGCCAGUUGGUUCACGGCAGUCUGAUGCUGGCAUUUCAAAUGAAGAAACUGACCCUUUUAGCUUUAUUGUUAUGUCAGCAGUUUUAGAUUCUAGUUCAGACACCACUGAUUCUGAAGACUUGAAUCUAUUUGAGAUUAUGCCAUUAACUGAUCAGAGUCCGGAUGGUUCAUGGCGGUUUGGAACUGAAGGUUUUGAUGAUCAAGAAACGGAUAUUGUGCCUCCUCCAGCGGAGCAGGGUGGCUCAUCUUUAGCUGAUCCUGAUAUGCCUUCAUCAGAGACACUUGGUAGUUCAAGUUUGUCUGGUCAUGAAGAUCCUGAAGAAUCAAAUAAUGAGGAACGGAAUCCAGUGGAGCCGUAAUGAUGCUGCUGUAUUCUAGUGUGAAAUAAGGGGAAUUGUUAAAUCUUUAGCUCAAACGAGGAGGGAGAGAGAGAUGAGAUUUACUUUUGUUCUGGUGAAUCUCACACAGGUGAGCUUUACCUCUCCAUUUCCUUUUUACUUUUUUCUCAUCGGUUCUAUUGAAUUUUAAUUUACUUAAAAGAAUCUAGAGUGCUAUUAGAUCUAUGAUAAGUUUGCCGUCUUCCUUCUUGUA